GUAGGGGGAGUCCGGGAGAGUCUAGCAGGUGGGAGACAAUAGCCGCUGCUCAUAGAAUAUUUGUGGCACGAGAUGUUACGACAUUGCCACACUUCUCAGACGUCAUAGGCACCUCCCACCCCGCUCACGUAGCGCCGUUACAAUCGGCAGUUUGGUUUGGAAGUAAGAAGUGGCAACACGUUUUCGUACCUGGAAGGUGAGUUUAUUCAGUUUUCGACAUUUGAUCUCUGUUCUUUACUGUGGAUAGAUUCCAGCACGCCACUUAUAUACACCAGAAUGCCCUUCAACUAUAGAAAAAAACAAACAACUAGAAAGAGAAGCAAUUUAGAUCUGUCAGUAAUAAAAAAUGCUUUAGGUGACAUUGAUCAAGGAAAGUCUAUCCGAGGUGUUGCUUUGGAAUAUGGAAUUGACAGAAAUACCUUAAGAAAUUAUUUAAGAGACAGGUCUAAAUUGACUAAAAUAAGUGAACAAGGAAGCCAGUUUAAAACAUUUAUGAUAUUUACAAUCGAAGAAGAGAAGGCGCUUGUUGAAUAUCUUAUAGCUUGCAGCAAAAUGAAUUAUGGAUUAACCAGACAGGCGACUAUGCAGCUAGCAUAUGAAUAUGCAACAAUGAAUUCCAAAAAGACUAGAUAUAAUUCAGCCAUGAAUAACUGGAUGAUCAGUAACCCAGGACGAACUGUUACGAUCUACAAUAUACCUGGAUUUGUAAACACAAUCAUGUCGCAGGCUUUUAGUCUAUCCAAUAUUUUGAGUGGAUUUCGAUCAACUGGGAUACACCCCUAUAACCCGGACAUCUUUACAGAUGACGACUUUUUAUGCUCUGCGGUAACAGAUAGAGAAAUGACUAGUGAACUCCAAAAGCAAGAUGUUUCUUCGAUUACUUCACCCUCGGUCGCUGCAAAAGUACCAUCAGAUUCAACCACGGUCGCAUUACCUUCAACAUCUACUGUACGUCAGUCAGAGCCUUCAACAUCAGCAUCAGUAUUCACGAAUGAAACUGCAGCUCCUAGAAUCAAUUCACCAUCAAUUUUGACUGCGGAAGAAUCCGAGCAAGCAAAUACAAUACCAAGACGAUCAGCAGAGAUAGCUUCUACAUCUAAUGUUCUGGAUAUGACAACGGUAGAUUCUGAUUCCGGACACACACCAAAAAUAGUUUUACCACAAACAAUUCGACCAUUUCCAAAAGCUACUUCUAGAAAAAGUCUUCGUCGUGGUAGACAGCCCGGAAAAACUAAAAUUUUAACAAAAACGCCAGAAAAACUAGACCAAGAUGAUAAUCAAGUGACUGAGACAGACCUUGAAGAAGAACCCAAGUAUGAUGAUAGUUCUGAUAGUCCCUGGGAUGAAGUACCAGAUGUUACUGAUAAUUGGUUUUGUUUCAUCUGUGGGGAAGACAAAGUUAUGGACAUGAGACUUUGUGCUGUUUGUGGCAAAUAUGUCCAUGAAAUGUGUGUUGGACUAUCCAAAGACGAUAAGGAGCAGUUUAUUUGUCCCAAUUGCUCCAAUUAA